UUUUUACUUGCCCUGAUCUAAAGUCCAUGUAAAAGCAUAUAAAUCACUUCUUUUUUUCUCUAGGUUUGGAAGUAAACUUGUCUACUGAUAAUAUCUACACAUUUUAAUUUAUUUGUUUGGUAGAUUUGAAACUUGAACCACAUGUUUUGGUAUAUCUUGAAAAGACCAUAUUUCUAUAAAUGGGUCGAUCUUAUUAGAAAAAUUACCAGGUUUUGGAUAAUUCAUUUAUCACACAAAACAUAAUCUUUCUUUCUUUCCUUCUUUGGCAACUCUCCAUUGAUCUCCAUUGUUUUUCUUUAAUUUUAAUGCUUUUGUUAAUCAAGAAACCUGCUUUAUUCUUAAACCGGAUAUUCGUUCUUUUAUCUAGGGUUCUGGGUUUUUGUUUCUUCUUCCUUUGAUGCUUUCUGAACAUGAAAAAAAGAUUCUGUAUACAAAAACAGAACAUUGAAAAAAGAAACAGAGACUUUGGUAAUAAAGAAAUACGCGCAACGUGUCGGAUUUAUAAGCAAGUGGAGCAUCUUUAUUUUGUGUUUUGGUCUUUCAUGUUUCCCCCUUUAAUCUCUCAUAGAGAGUUACCAAACUUAAUAAUAAGCAAUAUAUAGAUUUCUUCUCUUUCAGUUUAAGUCUUAAAGUCUACAGUUUAUUGCUUCAACAACACUCUUCUUGUUUAUGCUUUUGCAUCCAAUAAGGAUCUCAGAUUUUUAAUCCUUAAUGCUCUUCUGGUUACUACAACUUUUCCACAGAUUCAGCUUAAGACAGAAGAGAAAUGAAGUUUAUGAAACUUGGAUCCAAACCGGAUUCAUUCCAAUCUGAAGAAGAUUGCAUAAGGUAUGUAGCAUCCGACUUAGCCACCGAUGUAGUUGUAAACGUUGGAGACGUGAAGUUCUAUCUCCACAAGUUUCCUCUUCUGUCCAAAAGCGCACGUCUUCAAAAACUAAUAGCCGCAACGAUCAACGAACAACAACAACAACAACAACCAGACGACGAAAUCUCCAUUCCCGACAUCCCGGGAGGACCACCAGCGUUCGAGAUAUGCGCCAAGUUCUGCUACGGCAUGACCGUGACCCUCAACGCGUACAGCGUCGUAGCCGCGCGUUGCGCGGCCGAGUACCUCGAGAUGUACGAGUCGGUCGAGACCGGGAACCUCGUUUACAAGAUCGAGGUGUUCUUGAACUCGAGCGUUUUGAGAAGCUGGAAAGACUCCAUCAUCGUCCUCCAGACGACGAGAGCGUUUCAUCCCUGGUCUCGAGAUGCGAAGAUCGAUGCAAGGUGUUUGGAGUCUAUCGCUUCGAAAGCUGCGGUGGAUCCAGCUAGAGUAGAUUGGUCUUAUACGUGUAACAGAAGAAAGGUUAACAGCAUCGGCGUGGUGCCUAGAGACUGGUGGGUGGAGGAUCUAACCGAGCUUAGUAUAGAUUUAUACGAGAGAGUUGUUUCGACUAUAAGAAGAAAAGGUGGUGUCUCCGGUGAGGUUAUAGGAGAAGCUCUCGAGGUAUACGCGGCGAAGAGAGUCCAGUUAGAUGAUCGUGACGUGGAGACGUUGAUCUCGUUGCUGCCUGGUGAGAAACAGAGUGUUUCUUGCGGGUUCUUGAUUAAACUUUUGAAAUCUUGUGGAGAAGACGUGAGGAAAGAGUUGAGUAAGAGGAUAGGAGAGAAGCUAGAGGAAGCCAAUGUGGAUGAUCUCUUGAUUAGAGCUUCCGAUGGAUGUGAAACGGUCUAUGACGUUGACAUUGUUGAGACGUUGAUCGAUGAGUUUGUUACGCAAACAGAGAAAAGAGACGAGGUUGGUCGUUCAGACAGCUCGGAAGCAGUUGUGGCAAAGCUAAUCGAUGGAUACUUGUCUGAAAUAGCGAGAAUCGAACCGAAUCUAGAGCCUUUAAAGUUCAUUGCAAUUGCGGAAAAGGUUUCGAGUUUCCCGAGAUCGUCACACGAUGGAGUUUAUCGUGCCAUUGACAUGUUCUUGAAGGAGCAUCCAGGAACAACAAAGAGCAAGAAGAAAUCGAUAUGCAGAUUAAUGGAUUGCCGGAAACUAUCACCGGAAGCAUGCGCUCACGCGGUGCAAAACGAACGGUUACCUUUACGUGUCGUUGUGCAGAUACUCUUCUUCGAGCAGGUGCGAGCUACUGCGAAACCUUCUCUUCCACCUAGCGGCUCUCACGGGAGCUCGAGGACGACGACGGAAGAAGAGUGUGACUCAGUCACGGCCACGGAGGAGACAACGACGACGAGAGACAAGACAAGUGGUUCUGAGAAGACCAAGGCUAAAGGAGUUGUGAUGUCUCGGAUUUUCUCGAAGCUUUGGACUGGUAAAGACAGAGAUGGUGUCGGGGAUGUUAGUAGCUCAGAUACGUCUGAAAGUCCUGGCUCAGCUACCACCGUCGAUGAUAAAUCAACGCCGUCGACUCGCCGGAGAAGAUCAUCGUCUUGACUUUAGUCUUUUUUUUUGGUUUUCUUAAUUAGGCUUUCUAUUAAGCUAACUUGUUUUAGAUCAAAAUGGGUUUGGUAUAAAAUCACAGCCCAUUAAUAAUUAUAAGGCCAUCUAUUAAGGAUGAUAAUUCGGAAAA